AUGCUCCCUCUCCAAGGAUUCAAUAUGACCUAUCCACGAAAAGGAGUAAUGCCGUAUCCAUCAACCUUUCUGUACAGAGAAGAACCAUCGGUCAGCACAACGGAAUGUUGCUGUUGUUGGCUGUGCAGACUUCUAUGUUGCUGCUCAACAGUGGACAGCCAGACGGCAUUACGCGAUCGCAUGAAUGCCAGCCAACCGCCUCCAGGAGGCGGAGGGCGAUUGCCAGAUGAAGUAUACAGGAAGAUCAAGGCAGUAGAUCAGGGACAGAGCACGCUUACACAAUCUGGAAUUCAGGGACUCAGUGCUCGAACACUAGACGAAAAUCAACGAGGUGAUUUAGUGUUCCAGUUAGUGGAAAUCAUCAAAAAACCAGGGCAGUCACUAGGAUUAUAUUUGAGAGAAGGCAAUGGGAAAGAUCGCUCUGAUGGAGUCUUUGUAUCGAGAUUCGGAGACAACUCGGAGCUUGCAAAAAGUUUCUUGAUGAGCAUCGAUGACGUAGUUUUGAUUCUCAGUAUACCCAGAAGACUGCUUCUUAGGAUACGAUUCUCAAAAUCUAUGCGACACGAAGUGAUAACAAGUAGAUCCAGCGAGAGACCGGUGGUUGUUUUUCAUAAAUAUGACGACCGGCGAGAUAGUGAGACCAAUGCUCCAAUUCUAUCCCAACCAACAUCGACGGCGAACACUUGGUUAGGAAAAAAGAGUAGACAACAAAUGGAGGAGAUGCGAAACGCAACAACGACAUCUACAAUGCGUGCUGCCCAUGCCAGCACCUCAUCUCCGCGUAAUCACUUUGCUCCCAGACUCGUCAACGGGCAUUCCCAGCCAAUCGGUGUUCCGUCUGCAUCUUCCGCCUCCACCAGCGACCAUCAUUACCAGCGAUUCGCAUCGGAGCCGUCAGACUCAGUUUCACGGACAGCUCGAGUUCCGCCUCCGCGACUUGCGUCCGCAACGGUUCGGAGAACGGAAAGCUUUAACUCGGCACCUGGAGUUUCAUCUAGUGCCCCUAUGUACACGCUUCCUCGAUCUUCGACGGCAGUUCCUCCACCUGAUAUCAUCGGAUCAAUCCCUCAUUCUGCACGAGAUCCUCUAAUGCGUUCUGACCUUCCCUACGAUCCACUGACUGGCCGCUUGUCUUCUUCAGUUCCUACAGAUCCGUUAUUGUCUCGUUCGCUGUGCUCACCAAUCCUCCCGAGAACUCUACGACAGCCAAACGAUAGUAACAAGAGCAAUUCUUUACCUCGUAGAAGGAUCAUGACUGGUGGUAGAAAUGUGAAAUGGAGGAACGACGUUGUUUCAACAUCUGAUCUUUGUGGAGAAGAAAGCGACGGAGCAAUAUCGGCUCCUGAAUACUCUUCACCGCCGUUUUCCAGACUAACCCAACAGCAACAAUUUCGCUUGUCUAAUGGAAGUCCUGGACGUACUGUGAAUGACAUCUUCUCGGCUGCGGAGUAUAGAAAUUGGGCAGGACCAUACGAUCCACGUGGAAUGUAUGGACCGUAUCCACCUGGACAAAGAACUACAAGAUGGUCUCAUACAUAUGGAGAGCAGAGAGCACCAAGGACUUCAUCACUGCCAGGAAGAACAGUUUUGGCUCAAAGUCUUGUUGGAAGUCCCGUAUUACCACGGCAUCCACCACCGAUUGUUCAGGAUAGGCCAUCAGCAGUUUUCGAUAGAUAUCAUGUUUCACCAUUGAUGAACAGAAGGGCACCAUUGAGAGCUGCUGGACCUGGAAUAAAUGUGGACCGCCUGAGUGUGAGCAGUCUGACUGGAAUACUUUAUGUGCACAUUUUGGAAGGAAGAGGGUUGAAGAUUCCAGAAAAACAGAAAGGAUUGACAGAAGAGAUGUAUUGUGUUCUAGAAGUUGAUGAGCAACAUCGCGCCCGAACUGGAGUAUCCACUAUUGAGCAGAAAUUCAAAUGGAGGGAAACAUUCCACAUUGAUGUUGUCAAUGCUACAGUUUCAAAUUUCUUUGUCUAUUCAUGGCAUCCACAAUUCCGGCACAAACUCUGUCACAAAGGAUCGUUGAAACUACUGGAAGCAUUUGUAGUUGAUCAAUUGAAUGACGAUCGAGUGUUCGCUUUGAAUCUUGAACCACGUGGGCAACUAAUCGUUCGAAUCGGAUUCCACGAUCUCCAGGCGGUAUUCAGAAGAACUGUGAACCCAAGAUUGAAUGGAGUGUUUGGAGUUCCAUUAGGCAGAUUGGUUCAGAGAGAACGUCGAGACACUCCCAUCGUUUUGACCAGAUUGAUUCAAGAAAUUGAAAAGAGAGGAGUGGAUUUGAGUGGUCUCUAUGUUUUGUGUGGAUCUGUCGAGAAGAAGAAAAUGCUCCGUGCCCAGUUGGAAUCGAAUCCUCUUGGAACAGAUCUCAAUGCGGAGAACAUCCCGGACACAAACGUGAUUGCUUGCCUGAUCAAAGACUUCCUUCGAGAGCUUCCUGAACCUUUGAUAUCUCCUCAAAUCCAUGGAAUGCUUCUAGAAGCUGCUACAGUUGCUCUUCCAAAUGAUGUUCAAGCGAACCGAACUCUAGUUUUGAAGAUCAUAGACUGUCUCCAACUUUCCGCCAAAAAUUGUCUUCUGCUGGUUCUGGAUCAUUUGAGUACAAUUCUUUGCUCUUCUCCGCACAAUGGACUGACUCCUACUCGAUUAUCAUUGAUUUUCGCCCCUCUCUUAUUCUUCUGCCUCGACGCCAUCUCCCCGUACACAACAUCACCAACUUCAAAAAUGGCAGCAGUUAGAUCAUUGGACAUGAAUCAAGCGUCGUCCAGUCUUCAGAUGAUAUUGUCGAUAUGGCCCUCAAGAGUUAACAGCGAAAGCGGAUCAGAUAGUCCGGCCACGUCAGGUCAGAAGGGGGGAGGGGGAGUCUCCUAUGUCUCGGAAUCGCAGUGCUGA